AUGCCACCCUUGUCCACGCUCAGCCUCGCCGUCUCCGCGUCAUGGCUGGCAGUUCACCUCCUUCACGCUCUUCGCAAACGUCGAGUGCAGCUAUUGCCGCUAGUGCGCGGGUACGAGCGUGCUUCGUUUGAAGUACACGUCAGGAGCCUACAUCUGUCCAUCAAGACAUACACUUUUAAUGCUCCACACGACCGUCUUCGCCGAUGGCUUGCCUCUGGUCCUGGUCGGCUGAGCAGAAACACACUGCGCUUUGCGUACAGUACCGGCGUGAUAUGCUGUCUACUAGGGAUGCUCGCUGGCAUCACACUGCUACUGUGGAACACGAUUGCACUUUGUACCUCAACUUUCUUCCAUCGUGUGCAAUCUACCAACCAAGUCACUUUGACCAAACGGGACCCACUCGCUCUUGACACCGGAAUGAACGACCAAUCUGGAAGACAAUAUAUGCUUCAUCCCAUUAUACCUGGACUCACAGUACCCCUGUCCCACUUGCCAUUGAUCUUUUUAGCGUUAUCCAUCGCACAAAUUGUGCACGAGGCAGGACAUGCAAUUGCAGCAGCAAUACACGAUGUCCCCAUCCUGUCAGCAGGCAUGUCUGUGACCGUAAUAUUACCGUCCGCCUUUGUGUCAUUGCCAUCCUCGCGUCUCGAAGAACUCACUCCUCUUGAGCGCCUUCGUAUUAUUGGGGCGGGCUGCUGUCAUAAUCUGGCGUUCUGGGCAACUUUGAUGCUGGCAGCGUGGUCCGGCGUCGGGCACGUCUUUUGGAGUAUUGUCGGUUAUAAAGAUGUAUCGUCUGUUGGUAGAGUGGUCGUUUCCAUUGAGGAGGGCUCGCCUCUUUAUGAUUACCUCUCACCGGGUUCGCUGAUCACCCGCCUGGACGAUAUGGACUUGGGACCUUCGAAGGCUGGAGAAGACAAGUGGACUUCAUAUCUUCUCGAGCAGUCUUCAAGUCAUCUUCGACUCAAUGAACCAGGGUGGUGCGCCAGCGGCACUGAACUCCGCGAAACGAACAGCGAUUGUUGCACAAAUGUAGCUCAAGACGUUGAAGAAAGGCAGAAAACAUGUUUCCUUUCAUCAUCUGCGACGAAUGAAAAUUUCUGCCUGGACCCUUUGCUCAUAGUCAUCGGCAAGAGGGUUCGCUGUCAUGAAGACUAUGAAUGUCGCGCCGAUUCACGUUGCCUGCUCUUGCGAGAUCAAGAUAGCAUCGUUCGAAUAUUCUCCCGUCAGCCUGGUCAACUCGAUACGAACACAACGGAGGUAGUCGUAUGGAGUGGUUUAAGAGACGAAAUUUGGGAAGAAGUCCAGGUUAGCACCCUGCUCCCUCGCUUCAGACCUCUACCAUUGGUACUGCCCAUUCUGACUGUUCACCUCGUUGAAUAUCUCAGUAUGGCCAUGGUCUCACUUUACAUCCUGAACAUGUUGCCCCUCCCGUACCUAGACGGAUCGCAGUUCUUCCGCGUCCUCUUGGAGCUCCUGGCUGAGGACCCUGGGCGUAGAAUCGAAGAUGAGUACGACGUCGAAUCCCUCAACGCGCGAUGGACAGGACCACGAGAAACGAGUGCUCAGCGGAUGGUCCACAAGUUUGUCACCAUCGGUGUAACAACCCUCGUAGCAUCCUGUACCCUGCUCGGUGUCGCGCAAUGGUUCAUUCACCCUUGAUCUCGCCGUCUCUUUCCCAAAGACUCGUCCCACCGUCGAAGAUCGGACAAUGCAAGUGCGCGUGAAAACGUGUGUGAUGCAAGUGCGUGAGAUGCAGGAUGCGCAUACAGCCUAAUACGAUAAUUUUUGAGUAUGCAUACAAUAUGCGUAUAGGACUGGGUCGGUGGGUAAGGAGGCCGUCCUCGGGCCACCUCGUACAUGCAGAGAACCAAGGAAGGAAAGAGAGCAAGCGCGACGAGUAGAGUUAGGCGCUUUACUUCUUCUUCACGGUCUUGUCGACCUCAACCACAGUCAGACCUGGAGGGAGGCUCUGCUUGAGCUUGUCGGCCUUCUCUGCAUCGUCGAGGGAGAGGGUGUAGAGAUACCGCGAGCACCGAACCUUGAACUUGGUCUUGGUCUUGCCCUGCGAGUUCUUGAUCGCGACCUUCUUUAUGCGGGCCUGGGAAGCAUCCUUUCUCCGGGCGAUCUCAAUAAACUGCUUGAUAUCUCUGAUUUCCUUCGGCAUGGCGGGCGGUGGGGAUUCU